AUUCCGCUCUGUCUCGUCCAUCUCUUUGCUUUCCAACGACCCAACGAUCUCGACUCCCUCCUCCCCUGAACCUGCCAGUUACCUCACGCCAUUCUGGAUGAAUAAAGAAGACGUUUCGUUUGAGAUAUUCCCUCCCGAUUUUGUCCUCGAACCUUACCAUGUGUUUCGGAAAAACGCCCUUGCCAAUCGCAAUCGAACGGAAUCCCAAGAAGUCGACCAUGAUAUGGACAUUCUGUAUCAGUUUUGGUCGCAUUUUUUGGUCCGCAAUUUCAAUGCACAGAUGUACAAUGAAUUUAGGAGUCUAGCCCUUGAUGAUGAUUUUUCUACUCGCAACGCCAGCACUGGGUUACACCGGCUGAUUCAGUUUUACGGCGCCUCCCUGUCGAGGAACAGUGUCAUGCCUGACCAAGUUGUACGGGAUUUGGUUGACUUGAUUCGAGACGAAGCCACGACCCGGGCAGAGCAUGUUGCCUUUUACCUUCUUCGCUCGGCCUGGCGGAGUGGUUCGUUGGAUCCAAGAAACCGCGAAAAGAUUGACUCUGUACUCGAUGCGCAUAUGACAGCCGAGCUGGAAAAGUGAUUUUUUUUAUUAUUAUUAUUAUCCUCGUCUUCGUCCCCCCCCCCCCCCCCUCUCCCUUUCUUCUCCCUUUUUUUUUAUGUCCAGAUUCCUCUUUCAUGUUUUUUCUCUGUUUGACACUGACAAUUUACGGCAUGCAUUUGUGAUUUCUCCGGGGUUUUUUUUUCUUUUUUUUCCUCUUCUUUUUAUUCUUCUUUCUCUCAGGUUGACUCUACGUGGAAUAUCCACUCUGGGCCUUUUCUUCCGUUUAUUCACUAUGAUUUCCCACUUUGCUUAAAUCAUGGGAGGUUUCAAAUUUUCUGGAG